AUGCAGGCCCUCUCUUUUGUGCCGAUUGUCCUAGUAAGAAAAUUUUAUGUAUUGUUGUUCACUUGUGGUGUUGUACGAGCCUUACACUUAGAGCUUACAGAAUCUUUGUCCUUGUCUGACUGCUUAUUGGCUAUAAGAAGAUUUGUUGCCAGGAGAGGUUUACCUAGUGUCAUAUAUUCAGAUAAUGCAAAGACUUUUGUAGCUGCUAAGUAUGAGGUACAAAGGAUGUAUAGCCACUUGGCUCCCAAAUGGAACUUUAUAGCCUCUCGUGCUCCCUGGUGGGGCGGCUGGUGGGAGAGGCUCAUUAGGUCAGUUAAGCUUGCUUUGAGAAAGACACUAAAUCUGAACUAUGUAAGUAAGAGUGAAUUAGAAACUAUACUAGUAGAAAUAGAAUCAAUAAUUAAUUCUAGACCAUUGACUUAUGCGAGUGAUGAACCUGAUUCCAUUCACUAUCUCACUCCUUCACAUUUUAUCCUAGGACGAGCCCCACACUGUAAAUCCUUAAUAAAUGUAGAGCCAUGUAAGGUGACUUCCAGGGACUUGAAUGAAAGAGAAGUUGUAAGAAACCAGAAGCUAGAACAUUUUUGGAGACUUUGGAGUAACAAUUAUAUAACUAAUUUGCCUCAAGUUGUAAAAGGAUUCAAUAAGAAAUGUGAUUUGUCUAAGGGUGACCUUGUGUUGAUAAAAGAGGAUAACAUUCCUAGAUUGAAGUGGCCUCUUGGGGUUAUUGUAGAUGUGUCUAAAGGUAAAGAUGGACUUGUAAGAAGUGUAAGGCUCAAAUCUAAAAGGGGAGAGAUGACUAGACCCAUUCAAAGAUUGUAUGAUCUAGAAGUAGGUAGAUCUGAAGAUCUGAUUACUGCUGAUGCAUCCUGUGGUGAUCUUGAUAGAGAUAUAUGUGAUAAUCCCCAAAUGCCCAUGCAUACUGUGAGUGAUGAUGAUGUACUUCCUAGGUCUAAGUCUGGUAGAGUACUUAAGCCCCCUACUAAGUUAGAUUUAUAA